CCUUCCCCUCCCCCCGAGGCCCCUGAAUCCGAGGGAACUUUUUCUCCGCGGGGGCUGCCAGUUGAAGGCCAUGAAUUUCGCAUUUGAGCGAGAGAUCGGUUUUAUCAAUAGCCAGCCAUCGCUUGCUGAGUGCCUGACAUCUUUUCCCCCUGUCGGUGAUACAUUUCAAAGUUCAUCAAUCAAGAACUCGACGCUUUCACACUCGACACUGAUUCCUCCUCCUUUCGAGCAGACCAUCCCCAGCCUGAACCCCGGCAGCCACCCUCGCCACAGUCGCCCCAAGGCGAGCCCCCGCGGCCGCAGCGGCAGCCCGGGCCCCGCUGGAGCCCCGCCGCCCCCGGAGUACCCCUGGAUGAAAGAGAAAAAGGCGUCCAAGCGAUCCGCGCUGCCGCCCGCCUCGGCCUCCGCCUCAGCCGCUGGACCUGCCUGCCUCAGCCACAAAGACCCCCUUGAAAUCCCCGAUAGCGGUAGCGGUGGAUCUAGGCGCCUGAGGACGGCUUACACCAACACCCAGCUUUUGGAGCUAGAGAAAGAAUUUCAUUUCAACAAGUAUCUCUGUAGACCAAGGAGAGUUGAGAUUGCAGCCUUGCUGGAUCUGACUGAGAGACAAGUCAAAGUCUGGUUCCAGAACAGGAGGAUGAAGCACAAGAGACAGACCCAGUGCAAGGAGAAUCAAAACAGCGAGGGGAAAUUUAAGAACCUAGAGGACCCCGAAAAAGCGGUGGACGAAGAAGAAGAGGAGGAGGAGGAGAAAUCCCUCUUCGAGCAAGCCCUCAGCAACGUCUCCGGCGCUCUCCUGGAGCGGGAAGGCUACGCUUUCCAGCAGAAUGCCCUCUCCCAGCAGCAGGCGCAGAAUGCGCACAAUGGCGAAUCCCAAACUUUCCCCGUUUCGCCUUUAACGAGCAAUGAGAAAAAUCUGAAACAUUUUCAACAUCAGUCACCCACUGUUCAAAACUGCCUCUCAACAAUGGCCCAGAACUGUGCAGCUGGCCUGAACAAUGACAGUCCUGAGGCCCUAGAUGUCCCUUCUUUACAGGACUUUAACGUUUUUUCCACAGAUUCCUGCCUACAGCUUUCAGAUGCAGUUUCCCCCAGUUUGCCAGGAUCUCUGGACAGUCCCGUAGAUAUCUCUGCUGACAGUUUUGACUUUUUUACAGACACACUCACCACAAUUGACUUGCAGCAUCUGAAUUACUAAGAAAUUAAAGACAUUCUCUCCAAGGGUUCUGAUUUCUCCUCCUUAUUCUUCUUAAUUUUUUUCCCCAGUGAAUUAAUUUUAUUUUUCCCCUCCCUUUCCCUCUUCAGUAUUUUCUGUUUGUUUCUUCCCUCUGAUAUGUCAUUUUGCCGUUUCUUAUGAAGUUUUAGUUGUGUUCAAUUUUAACCUAGCCACAUUCUAGGUCCUUCUAUGAAAGCAAUAUAUGAGGUCUGUAAGAAAGUGAUCGUAUAGGAAUGUAUCUUCACUUUCUUUUUAUUUUUGUAUUGCAUUAGGAUGAGUUGUCAUAAGUAUUUUUGGUAGAAUAAAUUCUUGUUUGCUACAAGGAGCUU